AUGUCAAUCAAUUCAGCUACUUCUUUUGCCAUGGCGGACCCAAGACGACAGUCCAACUUCUUCCCAGUCGCAGAGCCUAUGGGACCAGGCCAUCUCGGAUACGAUUUCCUUGGUGCACCCCAGUACUCAGAGAAACCGGCGUAUUCUGAUGAUUUCUACUCCAACGAGAUGUUCCACGCUGGUCUCCAGCUGCCUCGUGUUUUCAGAAACCACGAAAACCCUUUCUACGGUUCUUUGGGCCCUGGUGGUUGUGGCCUCGAGAAGCCUUACGACACCCGCUACAACGAAACUCCAGACACUUCGGCUCUCGUGUCGCCAAACGUGCGUUUCUCGUCUAAUUUGCUAGAUACGCCGUAUAAUGGACUUGGGUCGCUUACAGCUCCAACUUCUACGACAGUGACGCCUCGUUCCUCGGUUGCGCCCAAGGAGUUGCCUGAUGUCAACCUCCGCAAUCGGGAUUUCAUCCGUGAACACUUUGCUAGGGACCAGGUCAACAGAGAAUACACUUUUAGAGACCACAGCCCUCUUGGUGGCCGGGAUAUGAGAAACUCCUUCUCGCUGGGAAGUGUUCCUGGUCCUAGAAUGGAUGUCAACAAGCUCAACCAGCUGAUGCACAGCCUCCAGUUAGGCGAACCAAGACUCAUGGACCCAUUUAAAGACGCUGGCCACGAACCUUUGGCUCCGUUGUCUAAUAGAUCUUCUAUCUGGAGCACUGGCGGAGGCUCGCAACCUCCAGGACUUCAGAACUACAGCCAUAAACAGCACCAACACAUCAACAUCAGUCCACCUACGCCAGUGUCUUCGCUUUCGUCGAUGGCUUCCCAGCCAGCUGCUGCUCCUAGACUGCGUUUCCUUUCUUCAUCGGCUGCCAUCCCUGCCUACCAUGACUUCCAGGCUCAGGUGCCAGAUUAUGAGAGAGCAAAGAGGAACUUGUACGCCGAGAAGCUCAACAACCCUGUGUUCGUACCCACAGAUCAGAAACCACAACCCACACGCCCAGCUGAAGAGCCUCGUGAAGUGUCAGAGAAGAGACCAGCAAGCAGAAAGCCGCUGGACGGAAGUGUUAAAAAUGACACAAAGCGAAAAAAGCCGGCUCUCCAGUCUAACAUUGUUGUUGACUUUGGCAACCUUGCAAAGCAGCCUGUGCCAGCCAUUGCUCCUGCCAGCCUUAACCCACAUGGCUCUUUGGGUAAGGAGUGCAGCCGCUAUGUGCUUGAAAGCUGUACUUUGAAGGACUACCCAGAGGACUUCUGUUCCACCUUCUACAAGAGGAAUACUCAUGGCUACAUGUUUAUUCGUGAACUGUCGAACUCACUCAAGGUGAAUGCCAGUGGGCCAAAGUCAUGGGUGACACUUAAAGUCAAGCUUGGCGAAGUGGAACAGCAGAAGUUGAAGGUGGAUGUGAAGAGACUCCCAGUAUGGAAACCCAUCAACCUCAACCAACCCCACACACUGAGAAAGGCCGUCAGGAGACGCAAGCCGCUCAAGAAACCGACCAACCGCAGGCGGUAG